CAGAGACGGUCAUGACAUCAUCCACUGGACCCGGCAUUCCACCGCAAUUUCAAUGCUUCUCCUGUCCUCCCUUCGAGUCAAUUCACCACACGCUCAUCAGCACCAAUCAAUCAUGGCUCCCCAGUUCUCCGACGUUGAAAUUAAGCCCGCCCCCGGCAUCUCUUACUUCACUCCUGCCCAAGAUCCGCCCGCAGGGACCGCCGCAAACCCUCAAUCCGAUGGUGCCCCGAUCCCGAAGCUGUUCCAACCCCUCUCGGUCAGAGGAUUGACUUUCCACAACCGUUUGGGACUUUCUCCCCUGUGCCAAUACUCCGCCGAGGAUGGCCACAUGACGCCCUGGCAUAUGGCCCAUCUGGGUGGAAUUGCCCAGCGUGGUCCCGGUUUCCUGAUGAUCGAAGCCACCGCCGUCCAGCCGGAGGGUCGGAUCUCGCCCCAGGACACGGGACUGUGGAAGGACUCGCAGAUCGAGCCCAUGAGGCGGGUGAUUGAGUUUGUGCACAGCCAGAACCAGCUCAUCGGCGUGCAAAUCGCCCACGCCGGCCGCAAAGCGAGUACCGUGGCUCCGUGGCUCUCUUUCACGGAAGCCGCCUCCAAUAAAACCGGCGGCUGGACGGACCAGGUCAAGGGGCCCAGUGGCGUGCCGUUUAGCGACCGCUACCCCAUCCCCACGGAGAUGACGAAGGAGGAUAUCGAGGAGUUCAAGCGCUCGUGGGUGGCAGCGGUGAAACGGGCUGUCCGCGCGGGCGCCGAUUUCGUCGAAAUCCACAAUGCCCAUGGGUACUUGAUGAUGUCGUUCUUGUCGCCGACGUCGAACACGAGGACCGACGAAUACGGAGGCAGCUUUGAGAAUCGGAUCAGACUGAGCAUGGAGGUCGCGAAGCUCACCCGCGAGACUGUCCCCAAAGACAUGCCCGUGUUCCUCCGCGUCUCGGCGACGGACUGGCUAGAAGAGGUCCAGCCCUCGCAGCCUAGCUGGCGACUCGAAGACACGAUCAAGUUUGCGCAGGCCCUAGCAGAGAGCGGAAACAUCGAUCUGUUGGAUAUCAGCAGCGGUGGCACCAACGUUGCCCAGAAGAUCAUUCCAGGAUCGGGCUUCCAGGCACCGUUCUCCGUCGCCGUGAAGAAGGCAGUUGGCGAUAAGCUGUUGGUGGGUGCCGUCGGCACGAUCGACUCGGGUCACUUGGCCAACUCGUUGCUCGAGAAGGAGGGAUUGGACUUUGUUCUUGUGGGUCGUGGUUUCCAGAAGAACCCGUCUCUGGUAUGGACUUUUGCCGAGGAGCUCAACGUGGAGAUUUCCAUGGCCAACCAGAUUCGCUGGGCUUUCUCACGACGGGGUGGUGGGCCUUUCUUGAAGAAGAGACAAGAAAAGAUCUAGAGCUGUAUAUACUAGAAUUCCUAGACAUCUUUGUUGGUUAGAGUUGUCUGAUAUGGCGCGAUAAACAGAAAGAAUCAUCAAUAUCAUCGGGAAU